AUGAAGGUCCUGCUGACGCUGGCGGUGCUGCUUGCCUGCAGUGUGCUCACGGCUCGUGGGAAGCUCCCGCGCAUGUUCACACCGGGACUCGAGGGAAGCACCGUAGGAAAUCUGACGGCUCACGGUUGCUUCUCAGGAUGGGGCAGCAGCGGCACGUCGAAGGCUUCAAUGGACCGGUGCUGCCUGCUCCGCGCCUGCUGCUAUGCCCGGCUGGCUGCACGCCGGUGCCGCGUGGGACCGAUCCAGCCCCUCUCAAGGCCCUGGGCCAGAAUCCCCACCUGCCGCUCCGGGACCUGGUGCCAGAGAGGUGCCUGCAGAUGCGAGCGGGCAGCCUUGCUCUGCCGGAUGCGCAGCCAGAGGCUGCCCCGGCGUCGCAGCAAGUGCCGGGGACCAGCUGGGCGGUGCUGA